GAGACGACUGUGAGCCGGAGGUGGGGAAGGCGUUAGGGAGGAUGGCGGGCGGGUGGCAGGUGGCGGCGCUGGUGGUGGCGGCGGUAGCGGCCUCCACCAGGGCGGUGAUCGUUGACCUCUCCUACACCUACAACGUGGACGCCCCCAACUCCCCCAGAGUCACCCCCUUCUCCCACAAGAUCGUCAAGAAGGGGCCCAAUAAGAUUAAUAUUUGGCAGGAGGUGAACGACUUCUGCGCCUCUGAGCACUCCGGCACACACCUCGACGCCCCCAUCAACUUUGCUCAGCACGGCUGGUCCACUGAGGCCAUCCCUCUCUCUAGGCUCUGGAGAGUACCAGCUGUGGUGGUGGACGUGUCGGGGCCCAUCAAGAACGCGCAAGACAAGAACUACGAGGUGAAGGUGCGGGACCUGGAGCAGUGGGAGAGCGACCACGGCACCAUCCCUGACGGCGCCCUCGUCCUCUUCCGGACUGGCUGGGCCAAGAAGGUCAAGAACAUCAGGGACUUCGCCGGCCUCGAUCAGCACAACACGUUAAACUUUCCGGGUAAUUGAAUUGUAUUUUUCUUCUGA